CUGCCGCCCGCUGGCGCGCCGCGCCGCCGGCGAUGGCCGGGCGGGCCCCCGCCGCUGCGGACGCCAAGGCCGCGGCCGGGUGCGGUGGGGGCCCUCCCGGCGAGGCCGCCGCAGAAGCCGGCGGGCUGCAGGAACUGGCCGCAGAGGGUCCAGAGGCGAGGGCGAAGCCGAAGCCCUCAGCCGUGGACGUGGAUGACGUGGACGAUUCGACUGCCUGGAAGAUCGACGGGACCGGCAAAGGCGGUCAUUAUCACAGUCUGCCCUCCCUGUGCGUCGUGAUGUUGGCCCAGGUCAACUACAUCGUCUCGCUGGUUGUCGUCAUCCCCACAGCGGCAGGGUAUGCCGCCUCACUGGGGGAGCCCAGCACUGUGUACUUCGGCUUCGUUGUCGGUGUCAGCUCCUUGAUCACGCCUUUUGCAGCCAGGGUGUGGACGAAGGUGAUUCGGGCCACCAGCUUGAACACCGUGCUCCUCAUCAACGCUUCCAUCUGUCUCACGUGCUCCCUGAUGUACGUGGCCGCGAGCUACUCCGGAACGGACCUGCUGCUAGUGUCGCGUGUCUUCCUGGGCCUGGGCUCGGUGCAGACCGCCAAUCUCAAGUAUCUCGGCUGCGCGGUCUCGACCAAGAGAGUCAAGUUCACGCACUACUUGACCACGGCUGCAAUCGCGUACGGCUUCGCUUUCGGCACUCUGAUCGCUUUCUUGCUGUCGAUGCUGGCGGCGCGCUACGGCUGGGACCAAUACACGUUGCCAGGCCCGAGAGCUUCCUGAUGUGAGCCCACGCUGUACGCACCACGCGUCUGGCAACAUGGAAGGACCCUCCAUUGAUCAGCCGCGCUUGUAGUAGAGAGUGACAGCACCAGUUUCCAAACCCGGCGAUUUUCAGACCACGGCGUGUUGGCUGCUCUGCCCUCAUCUUGCUGCUCCUCCCGCUCCUCGUCAUGCUACCACAGUUUCGUGCGCGUGAUGCGAAGCGCCCACCAUCGCAGGAGGACCGUGGCUGCGAGCGCGCU